AUGCGCCUCUAUGCCAUCUCCGACCUCCACCUCAGCUACAAGCACAACCGUGAGGCAUUGGACGAGCUCAAACCCCACCCUGAAGAUGGCUUGAUCAUAUGCGGGGAUGUUGGCGAACGUCUGGAACACUUGCAAGAAGCUUUCAAAACCACUACGGAACUCUUCAAGCAAGUCUUCUGGGUGCCCGGAAAUCAUGAGCUGUACACAUUACCCGGGAUCACAACGGAAGAUGACUUGGACAAAGAGCUCCGAGGGGAAUUCAAAUACCAGGAAUGUUUGCGAGUCGCUAACGAGCUUGGCGUCAUCACUCCAGAGGAUGAAUUUGUGAAAUGGGAUGGCGAGGGCGGACCUUGCAUCAUCUGCCCGAUCUUCACGCUGUACGACUACAGCUUCAGACCAGCCGACGUGACGAGAGAAAAGGCCCUCGACUGGGCCAUGGAGGAAAAUGUCUAUGCAACCGAUGAAGCUCUUCUACACCCGGACCCGUACGCCAGUCGAGAUGCGUGGUGUGAGCAGUUGGUCGGGAAGACGGAAGAGCGGCUAGCAGCCGCUGCUGCACGAGGCUUUCCGCUAGUGAUUAUCAACCACUGGCCUCUGCGAGAAGAUUUGAUUACCAUACCGAGCAUACCAAGGUUCAGUUUAUGGUGCGGCACCACGAGAACCCAAGACUGGCAUACCCGCUUCAAUGCAAAGGUCGUGGUUACGGGUCACCUACACGUCCGACGCACAGACUGGAUUGACGGGGUGAGAUUUGAAGAAGUGAGCUUGGGGUACCCUCGGCAAUGGCAGGCUGCAAAAGACCGCGGGCUGAAUAUCAACGAUCUGCUGCGGGAAAUCCUACCUGGGGAGGAAGACCCCGGAGACGGCCGCACCAUCUGGAGAAAGUCGGGAGUGCCGUCCCAUUUUAUUUGA